UGAAGCGCAGCCCCGUCAGCUCCGGUUGAAUACAUAAGCAAGUGGGAGGUCGGGAAGAGUGAGGAGUCGGUAACCAUUUCAUCAGAAUGGUUUGUGAAAAGUGCGAGACGAAGCUCUCCAAAGUCAUCGUGCCGGACAAGUGGAAAGACGGUGCUCGCAACACUACCGGCGGUGACAGCGGAGGCCGGCGGGUGGGUCAUGAGAACAUGUUGCUGAAACACGGAGCAGCGAAACGCCGCAACAACAGGUUCACGCCGCUGACUCGCGUCUGCCGGAUUUGCAAGACCAAAGUGAAUCAAGACCACCACUAUUGCCAAGAAUGCGCCUUCUCGAAAGGAAUUUGCGGAAUGUGUGGACGGAAGACGGACGACAUUACCAAUCAGCGACGCACGGCAAAGUAGGCUCUGCUGCACUGGAGCGAAGAUCACAACCAUGUGCUUUGUGUCGUUGAAGCAACCCUGGGGUUGAUGACGUCUGUGAAUAUCCUUGUGCUCUGUGUUUCCGUGUUGAUAUUUCGGGACUGGGGGGGGGGCAAGGUACGCCGCUACCAUUUGUUAAUAGGAAAGCAACAAGCGGUUUGAGUCUAAAUGAAUCCGACUCUCUUAUGCUGAAGGAGGGAAGCGUGUGCUGUUUGUUGUCAAUUAUCCAUAUAUACGUGCUGAGCAGUUCACUAAUGUAGACGCUUGAUAGGGGCGGCUAACUUACUUGUUUGGCCCCUCAAUGCAUACGCCGUUGUGUCCCCCCCGGCUCGUGGUUGUGGGUACCUUGGGCUUGGCUGGCUUGGACCGAACGAAUCUUUCCCAAAUAGAAAGCGAAAGUUUUGGGGAACACGUGAACAGAAGUAGGGUCCUCUUGGAAUCAACAAUGAGAAUCCCGUGGAAUCAAAAAAGAUAAUAUCCCGUGGAAAGUCUUGAUUCGCAAGCACGACGGUGCUAAAAGGAGCGUAUGUUUGGGGGGGAGAGCGAACCUUCACUGCGCCAUGCAGUACUAGAACUAUAACUGAAGGAUAAGCCACUCUACAGAAAAACACAUCCAUGAUCGAAGGAAAAACAUCCAGUUUGUGCAUCGAACGAUGUUAUCUGCGAACAAAGACGGUGUUCGAAGCGUACUCGAUGUUGUCUUUAUAUGGCGUUUUGGCUUUGAUCGGCGUUUUCGGCUUUCUUCCGGAGUAGUGGGAAAGUAGGGUAACAGUUACCGAAGGUUGAAAGCCUGCGUUCACGGUUUACGGCACCGCUGCAAGUGAUCAGUAGUAGCGCUCUCCUGUUGUGUUUCUCGUCGCGCACACUGAACCGACAGAUAGGGGAGGCGGCCUUCCUUCUACUACAGAAAACCAAGGACCUGCUCGUCACUCGUUGGCAAAGCUAUUGUGUUUCUCCAUCAACGCCAUGGUUACGGUGGCGAUAGUGGAAUCAGGCGCGCGAAUCGAUAGAAUGCCACCAACGUGUUUGUGCCUUGCCUCGUUUUCAGGAAACAUAGAUAUGCCUCUACCUCAGGCAGUGGUCGGACUGUCCCGAUCGUACUUACGAUACUGUGGUCUGCACGUGCGGGUGCCAAAGUCAUGCCCUAACUGCUCGUGAGGUGACCUUCAUCAAAAGCCCUUUCAUGUCCUUUGAAGGAUACGGUGCUUUCGAACCCACCAUUUAUAUGACAAAAGAUCGCUCAUGUCGUGAGCGAUGCUUCCAUCUCUCGAUAUCGGCACCUCACAGUGAAGACUCCCAUCCGCACGGACCUGAUUCUGAAGCUGAACUAUUCAGGCUCUCAGACCUAAAUUACCCUCUCAUUCCGAUUCCCCCGCCCUUGCCCGACCGUGUCUCAAAAGCCGAUUUCAGCCAAUGGCGCGCGGCUCGCGACAUCUCGAGUAUACCUCGAUAGGGCAUUGUGCCCAG